ACACCAAAAUAGUCCUUGCAGAGGAUAUAUAGGGACCCAGUCUCGCCGUUCAGCAAGCACUUAGAAAGUACUUGACUUCUUCACACAAGUCUGCGUAGCUGAUACUAGAGCAGAAGCAAAGAUUUAAUUUUCUUCAAGAAGAAACUAAUUUUUGUUGUUUUUUUUAAAUCUUCAGAAGAAAAACAGAUGAUUUUGAGAAAAGCACACUGGAGAUAAUUCAAAUGAAUAAUCCACUCAGGUUGUUCCAGAUAUAAAUAUAUUUUAUUUCCCCCACCCCAACACGUGAAACAGUAGAGGAAAUCAUCUUUUACUGAAGGAGAAGAACAGGUUGAAUACAUAGGUGUAUUGCAGAAUUGGCAUACUUUUCCUUGAGGGAGACGCAACCGUUUUCAGUAUGAAGUAUUACUAUCAAUACCCAGUGUCGCAGUACAACACUGCAGUCCCUGUGAAGCCAGCCAGGACAGUACGCUUCCCCAAUGACAUCGUCUUUCAGGACCACAUCAGACAAGGGGACCUGGAGCAGGUUGGGAGGUUCAUCAGGGCCAGGAAAGUGACACUGGAUACCAUCUACCUGUCAGGCAUGGCAGCGCUGCAUGAGGCUGUGCUGUCAGGGAACCUUGAGUGUGUGAAGCUGCUGGUGAAAUAUGGUGCUGAUAUUCACCAGAAAGACGAGAACGGCUGGACUCCGCUGCACAUGGCCUGCAGUGAUGGCUACCCUCACAUCGCGAGAUACCUCAUCUCUCUGGGUGCCAAAGUAGAUGCAGUGAAUGAAGGCGGUGAAAAACCAGCUGACCUCAUCGACCCUGACAGCAAAGAACUGGUCAUGCUCUUCAAAGGUUUAGGCGUGGCCUGAAUGACAAGCUCCUGUUGGAUAGACGGUUAACUGAAAAGGACUCUACUUGUGUCUGCCCUUUUGACACUAAGGUGACAGAAAAAGGGACACAUUGCAGUAUGUCCUCUCAGACUCCCCUUCCCCAUUAGGGCAUAUCGGGUGCUCUGCCAUUGGUUUACUUGUGGGAGAAGCGGAAGCUGAAACUGAUUGAUGAUUGGCUGGCUGUGCCAAUCACAGCAUCCACUUCUGAGCUAGCUGUUUGUGUUGCAAGAUAAGGAUGCAAAAAAGAGUAUUUUUUAUAUUAAAAAAGGAUGACCGAGGCACUUCUUCUGCACCAAGCUAGUAACAGACUAGAAAUAGAGAUAUGUGCUUGAUAUACAGAAGAUACUGCCAUGCAUGUUACCACUGUAUCUUGCUUUGUUAUUAUUAUUUAUUUCUUAGCAGAUGCCCUUAUCCAGGGCGACUUACAAUUGUUACAAGAGAUCCAAUUUUUUUUUUUUUACAUACAAUUACCCAUUUAUACAGUUGGGUUUUUACUGGAGCUAUCUAGGUACAGCAGCAGUGUCCCCAACUGGGGUUUGAACCCACAACCCUCCAGUCAAGAGUCCAGAGCCCUAACCACUACUCCACACUGCUUUGUAUAGCAAAAUGCCAGCCACUUGUUUUUACUGCAUACCAGGUAAAUCCCCCAUUGACCCCUGUCGUCAAGGUGUUUACAGGCUCAAACAGGAUCACAUGAAGGUCAAUUUCCCUAUGAACAGCAUGUCCAAACUUGCUUUCAAUUCAUUUUGCACUUGCAGCCCUGUGUAUUGCACUUUCCGUAUAUCAAUAUAUGCACUAUUUGUAAUGCUGGUCAACAAAAUCUAUAAUUUGGUCACUAAUUGACUAAUGUAGACCUUAUUGUGCACAUUUGUCAAUGUAUAGUAUUUUAUAUGCACCCAGUGUCUGAUGUUAAGUGUCUGAUUACAAACUACAGGAUCAACUAACAACUCAGGCACUUAAAUAGGUACACAUAAUAAUAGUUUAACUGACAGUCUCUUUGAGUUCUGCUGGUCUUCAGCCAAUCACAGCAGACAUUAUUCUUCCAAUUGACCACCAAAGGAGGAUUUCAGAUUUUUUUAAUAGAUGCACAACCAGGAGACAGGAAAUGGCUAGCAACUUGAUCCAGAACACAAUGCUUGAAAUGGACAUCAACUAAAUACAAAUACUUUUUUAUUAUUUCAAUUAUGUCAAUGCCAGAUGUAUUAUCUAUCUUUAAACAUAUCCUUAAGUUUCAUACAAGUGAAGCUAUGAGCAGAUAUCAGCUGUCAGUAACAAUUAUGUUUUUAAAUGGACGUAUGUUGAAUUUGGUGUAUAUGAACAUCUUACUUUAUUAUUAUUAUUAUUAUUAUUUUUUUAAUUCUUGUGUCAAGUGGAAUAUCUUUUUUUCUUAAAUAAAGUUUUUUUAUUACAAU